AUGCCACCUUCACCGAAAACUCCACCACAUGAAAUACUAUCAAUUUGUAAAAAAUAUUUUAUAAUAGGGUUUUUCUUUUUACCUUGGUUAUGGGUCAUUAAUGUCGUUUAUAUGUGGCCUCUAAUAAAACGAGAAGACAUUG